AGAAAUUUCCCCUAAAUGAAAGAGAAGUUCCUUCACCGUCUCAUGACAGGCUGAAGUGUGGCCUCACUGCGUAGAUCGGGCGUGUUCUAGCCGGCAGUCGGAUGCUCUGCCACGGGAUUCCGUCGGGAAUUUUAACGGUCGAGAAGGCGAUCCCUGCACCUCGAUUAGUUUUUCCACUAAUCAAACCGUCGGCUGAGGGCCCAUUGAGCUGGACAGGCCCCCACAAAAUAUGCCCCUCGGUCGACCCCUCCCCCGCCAUUUGACGACGAUGCCCUCCAUAGGCGUCCAGGGGGCAUGGGAGAGGCAGGCUACUACGGGCCAGCCGGUCGUAGUGGUGCCGACAUCAGGAGAAGAAUUCGGCCGGACGACAGAGGCCCGGGCUUGUUUAGCUCGUACUCCCGUCCAUAGCAAUCACACGAUUCUUCCUAGGAGGACAGACUCGUGUCGUUAAAUAGCCUCCUUCAUCUCCAAUCUACGCCGUCAUUGCACUCUCUUGAUCCCCUCCCGUCCAUAUCUACUACAUCUCCUUCACCCCUCGCCCUCCCUUUCUCCUCCACCCUCAGUUCACCCCAAGUACCAAGACAUACUCAUUGCCGUCAAGUCAACAUGGCGUCCCUAGACAUCACCAUCACCGGCUGGACGACGAGGGAUGUCCGCUUCCCCACGUCCCUCGACAAGACCGGCAGUGAUGCCAUGAACGCCGCCGGUGACUACUCGUCUGCCUACUGCAUCCUGACCACGUCGGACGACAAGUUCACCGGCCACGGCAUGACCUUCACCAUCGGCCGUGGCAACGACAUCGUCUGCGCGGCCAUCAACCACGUGGCGGACCGCAUCAAGGGCAAGAAGCUCAGCGAGCUCGUGGCCGACUGGGGCAAGACGUGGCGGCACCUGGUCAACGACUCGCAGCUGCGGUGGAUCGGCCCCGAGAAGGGAGUCAUCCACCUGGCGCUGGGCGCCGUCGUCAACGCCAUCUGGGACCUGUGGGCCAAGGUGCUGGGCAAGCCGGUGUGGCGCAUCGUGGCCGAGAUGUCGCCCGAGGAGUUUGUGCGGUGCAUCGACUUCCGCUACAUCACGGACGCCAUCACGCCCGAGGAGGCGGUGGCCCUGCUCAAGGAGUCGGAGGUGGGCAAGGCGGAGCGCAUCAAGGAGGCCGAGAACUCGCGGGCCGUGCCGGCCUACACGACGUCGGCGGGCUGGCUGGGCUACGGCGAGGACAAGAUGAAGGCGCUGCUGCAGGAGACGCUGUCCAAGGGGUACCGGCACUUCAAGCUCAAGGUGGGCGGCAGCAUCGAGCAGGACAAGCACAGGCUGUCGAUCGCGCGCGAGAUCAUCGGCUACGACAAGGGCAACGUGCUCAUGGUGGACGCCAACCAGGUGUGGUCCGUCCCCGAGGCCAUCAGCUACAUGAAGGAGCUCAAGGAGUUCAAGCCGUGGUUCAUCGAGGAGCCGACCUCGCCCGACGACAUCCUGGGCCACAAGGCGGUGCGCGACGCGCUGCGGCCCUACGGCAUCGGCGUCGCCACCGGCGAGAUGUGCCAGAACCGCGUCAUCUUCAAGCAGCUCAUCGUCAGCGGCGCCAUCGACGUCUGCCAGAUCGACGCCUGCCGCAUGGGCGGCGUCAACGAGGUCCUCGCCGUCCUGCUCAUGGCCAAGAAGUACGGCGUCCCCAUCGUGCCCCACUCGGGCGGCGUCGGCCUGCCCGAGUACACCCAGCACCUGAGCACCAUCGACUACGUCGUCGUCACCGGCAAGCUGUCCGUGCUCGAGUACGUCGACCACCUGCACGAGCACUUCCUGCACCCCUCCGUCAUCAAGGACGGGUACUACCAGACCCCCAUGGACCCGGGCUACAGUGUCGAGAUGAAGCCCGACAGCAUGGACAGGUUCACCUUCCCCGGCGAGCCUGGUGUGUCUUGGUGGCAGAGCGAGGAGGCGAAGCCUAUCCUGGAGGGUGUGAAGAUCUAAGCCCCAUCUUCGUUACUUGAUGUUAUAGGAGGAAUAAGGAUGGCGGAAGGAAGAGCCAGGCCGAGGAGGUCCGGUGACGAUGGGUCUAAGGACAGGGCAGAAAUAACGGCGGCGUCUUCUAAAGGAGACGUGUCAGUGAUCCGCGUCUUUGCGCUGAGCUGUUCAGUACGAAUAGCCCGGCCAAGAUCUGGUGGAUUACGAACCGGGCAUGCGACCACCGUGAGUCGUUUGGCAGGGCAACGAUGGCAUCCUGUAUUCCCCGCUGCUUAACUCUAAGCAGUCGUGGUUAUCCCUCUCAAGGCAAUGUGGGCCUUGCAUUCUUGGACUCUUUCCGGGGAGGGUAGUUAGUAUCCCAAUCUGCUGGGAUAUCACCUACCCUUGACACCGAACAGAUGCUCAAGCUAGUUAGAGAACAAUGAUCGAGUCACUAUUGAAACUGUGUCAGAACCCCACGGCCCGUACGCCUCUUGCACCCCGGACCGAGCACAAUGUUCCGAUUCUUGCCAGCCGGCCCGUCGAAAUAUCAGGCAACGCGGCAAGUUUCAGCCGACUGUGUCUCCCGUACUUGACCAUGACGUGACCAUCGUGAAUGCCAACAGGAGCUUUUCCUCCAUCUAUAAGACGUGAGAUGCAGGAGGGACGCCACUGCGUUCCAAGUCUGAUGGUCCUCGAUAUAUCGCCCAAGACAUGUGGCUUACAGUUUUCCAAUGCCAUUAUUCCAAGUUUCCUGGAAGAUGGCAAUCUGCCCAGUCUGCCUUGACCACAAACAUGCCAACCGCACGAUGGAUAUUUCUUUAACCUCGCCCUUUCCACACCACCACGUGUGGUGACGAUGAUGUGAGCGGCAGUGGCAGCGGCAGCAGCCUUCUGAGCCGUUAAACAAUGCAAAGGGAUGGCGAUGGCGGCAGGCACACGUUAAGAAAGCCACAAUUCCUGAUUAUCAAUGAGUUUCUCAGAUCACAACGGGAACAGGGCGUCAAGACUCCCCGCGGCGGCACGACCUGAUGGUGCUCGAGACGUUGAGCGCCACUAACACGGUGCAUGCCCUUUCUUCACCGCCAGACUGGCUUUCCUGGUGAUGCUUGCCUGCCUAGUUGACGCGUGCGCCUCUAGAUACGGAUGGAAGCGCAUCGUCACCAAUGAUUGGCCCCUGGAAGCGGUGUUUGAGAAAUCUUGCUGUUGUCCUCAAGCCGUACUCACAAGAUAAUGCAGGGGGCUGGAAUCUCCUGUCUGUUCCUGUGCCUUGAAUAUGUUUGUUGUCGGGAAUGGCGUCGAAGGGCGUGCAAGCCAUCGCAUAACGUCUUUCUGCGCGAGUGAAGUGACGCAGUCGUGGACAGAAGCGUGCAGCUGCCGUGGUCCCAUCUCGCGAAAGGGCAGCCAAGUCGUCAUCCAAACACCUGCCAGGGGGGAGAGGCAGGCGGGCAGGCGGGCGGGCAGGCAGAUAAGGGAAGAUGAAAUUUUGUGGCUGUAGACUGCGGGCAGAUAUCUGAAUAAUCUCUGCUCGGGUCUCACAGGCAUUUCCGCCACCGGGGGGUGAAGACGCAUCCCUUGCUUCUCGUGGCGAUAUGCAGGCCUGCGUGUCUGUGCCGCUAUCUCCAUGCCUUUGGGUGAUGAAUGGAUUCACGGGAUGCCACGCGACUCGCCAGCGCCGCCACGGCUGCCCAUUGUUUUGUCUCGUUGCAAUACAAUACAGCGCACUGGCAUGCUGCACACCGAGAC